GAGGGAGCUGACCUGCAAAUAUCCCCCUCGGACGCGAAAGUGCGACACGUAACACGGUCUGGUUGUAAGUGUGCAAAACUGCUAAGUGAAGUUGUUCGGUGUCGGUUCGAAGUUGUUCGCCAGUGUUGCCGAUAUUUUUGUUCUAUCGUUGUGCCAUGACACUCUGGAUACGAUCGUGAAUGGAUUACAUGGCAGCCGCGCGGUCACGGAACGAGGAUGAGCAAUUACGAAAAUCGCAGAAAACCGCGGACAGGUGCUUCGAAGAAGCCGAGGACUUCAUUCAUCAUAGGAAAUGACCAUGACGAGCGUGGCUGUCGCCCCGGGUAGCCUCGGCGCACCUCCAUCUUUGCUCGCCCCGAAGAUGUAUCACCUACAGCAGGGGUUAAGUUCAACGUCGGCCUCACCCACGCCCGAAAAAAAUUACGACACGCUGAGCAAGGGAAAGAAAUCGUGGAGCGUGCGAUUGGGUCUCUCGCGGCAGAAUCAAAGCGGCGAUGAUCCCGGAAAAGGGUGGGGAACGAUAAGCGGCGGCACCGGACUCUCGCGGCAAAUGAUCUACGGCGAUCCAUGGCUCUAUGGCACGGUUCGAUCAUCGAGGCCCGCUCACGAGCCUCGGGGCUUCAUGACACCUCCACCCCCGCCGCCACCGGGUGCUCCAAUACUAGUGGUGUGUUCCUGCCCGGAAUUUCUCAGCGGAACCACCAGGAAAUUCGGAAAUUGUCGCAAAUGCGGUGGCCACCGAUUGGCCGGCGUACCUUUGGGGGGAACGUGUCGUCUUCCCCCCAUUUCCUCCAGGUCCAGACCCAGUCUCGCCGGGGUGCUAAGGUCCUCAAUGGACGAUCCUUACGACCAAAUGCGCCGGAACCGUCUGGUAGAACCGAGAACGAGAGCCCGCAGUAUUUCUCCUCACCGACCAUUGUCGCAACGCGAUUCCCGAAGCCAGAGCGUGGCCCGAAACGCGAAAGAACGAAAGGGAUCGAUCGAAAGCACUUCCUCGCGAUCCGAAUGGUUCGACAAGGACUCGAACGGAAGCUUCGAGGAGCCUCGAAAGUCGCGGCCGAGCGACGAGUGGCUGGAAGAGCCUCCUACGUCGACGAAUCCUCGAAUUCCGGCGUCGUUGGCCGCGGGUAGGCUGGUCCGGGUAUCGAAAAAGGCCAGGGGUCUGAGAAACGACUGGCCGGAAACGCCGGAAACGGGCCAGGCGAAGAUCAACAGCCAGGACGAGUGGAAAGAUCGACCCUCGAGCGCCUGCGACUCGAGGAAGAGCAUCCUGGAGUGCGACGUGAAUCCCUACCUUCUGUUAAAGAAACAGAGGGACGAGGACGACCUCAGCGACGACCUGUCGGACAACGCCCUGGAGCAGGACAACUCCAGGCCCCCGUCCGGGUCGUUCGAUUCGUCGAAAGUGAAGUCGAUCGAGAGGAUACCGAACAGAAGCGCCGUGGCGGCUAUCGGCGGUCAGAGGAUCAGGGUUUUCAACGAGCCACGUGAGAUCUCUGACGAGGACGACGUUCCCCCGGUGACCAGAAUUCCUAUACCAAAGGUUUCGCCGAAGCGACCACCCAGGAGACUGAAAGAAGCCAAACAGACGCUGAAGAGCAUCCUGAAACGGGGCAAGGUGCUCGAGAGGAAGCGGAAGAACGUUCUGUUCAAUGUCGACAACGUUAUUUUCGCGCCGGAGAAGCCGUCGGAGGCCACAAGGUUGUCAUGGAGCAGAAUCGGGAGGAUCGUGAAGAACUGCGCCACUGGGAGGGAAGAAAGGACCAACGAGGAGUCGGAGGAAGAGGAAGAGGAGGAGGAGGAAGAGGAGGUUGCAGUAGCGUCGCACGAACAGAAGGAGAAAUAUAAUUUUAUCACCAUUCCGAAUAUCAGGGACCCAAAAAUUGACAGAAUCAGAUUGAAGGAGCCUAGAAUCUCGCAAGACGACUGCCAGAAUUCUGUUGUUUCGGACGGAAUGAAAGCGGAGAGGCUCCUUACUUCCGGCGAUGCGGAUCGCGCGGCACCGAGAAAAGAAAAUGGCGAAACGUUGCGGGAAACCGAAGAAACCCCGGAAAUCGUUCGACCGAAACGAGAGAACACGAAGAAAGGGGAGGAAAAGAAGAGGAUAGAGGAGGGAAAUUCCGGGAAAAUGGGAAACGACACCGUACAGAAACAACAAAUCGAGGAUCGCGUGGAUCGUGUUCCGUGCAUCGCCGUCGACGAGAAAGACUUGAUUUUGAAAUCUGAAGAAAGCUCGAAGAAAUCAUGCUUAUCGCGCAGUCAAAGCGAACGGUCGUUCAACAGACCGGAAGUGUCAGCCGGAAACGUGCUUUUCACGGACACUAUGCGCCUCAGCCUCUGCCGGAAGGUGAAAGAAUCACCGUCCCUCCUAUCUUUGAGCGAUCAAACGAUUCGACGCAACAAUUCCGAACCAGAAACGACGGAAAGCCUAUACUCCGAGAAAACGAUCGACGAGCACGUGUUAUCGGGCGCGAAGGAAAUCGAAGAAACGAUCGAGGAAAUGCCGACGAUCGAGAGAUCGGCAGCCUCGAAAGACGCUCACUGUAAUUUCGAGAGCAACGAUCACUUUCGAGGAAUGAGACCCACGAGUUGGUCCCCGCCUCCCGGGAAACAGAAACACCGUUACAAAAUCGUCAAUCCUGAAUCGAAACCUAACGCGGACCAUUCCGAAUCGGAUCGAAACAGUCCCCCUUUGAAGACCUGGAAGAAAUCCAACUCCUACGGGUCCUCGAAAGUGGAGAUUGGAUCUCCAACGACGGAAACGAACGUAUAUAAAAUUACGGUGAGUCCCCGAGCCUCGCCUUUGGUACAUCGGCUCCAAAUAGGCCCGGGCACCAAGGGGGCGAGAAGAACGUCUAUUUUAAUAAACGGCGACACGACGCCCAGCGCCGAGACUACCUCGGACAACAAAGUGACCAUCAGCGUGGGCGGGGAGGACAGCGUGUACAACCCCACGGUGAUCUCCGUAAACUCGGAGAACCUUCCGCGAAUCAAAAGCUCCGCGGAGAAUCGGACUCUGGUGAUCCUGGACAACUACAAGUCGAACAUCGUCGUGGAGACCGUGAAGGAGGACGAGUCGACGUCGAGGAACAACGCCGCGCGGAAGCCCGAGGAGGAUGAUUCGCCCAAGAUCGAUGAAGCGUCGCCGGAAACGGCGCCCAGCUCCGAGAAGACGAGUCUCGAGGGCGCAACUUCCGACACGGAGAAGAAGACUCGACAGAAGGACGGUGAAUGCUCGUCGAAGCUGUCGGAACUGUCCAAGGAGGCGUUGAUCUCGAAGCUGCUGGAGGACUCUCUGAGAAAGGCGCGCGAAAACGGGGAGAUCCUCGACGAGAGCAGCGGCGAGGCCAUUUUGAAAAUCUUGAAGCAGAGCUUGCUGAAGAGCAAGGAGUACGAGAGCUCCGAGUCGACGCUCGAGGCGAAUUACUCGAGAACGUCCAGCCUGAACUCGGACGGGGACUUCAUUUCGACGAACCUGUUCCUCGAGGAGAAUCCAUACGAAGUGAUCAAGGAACCCAUCUACGAGGAGAUCCCCGACGAGCCGCCCCCGCUUCCCUUGAGCCCGCCCCCGACGGAGGAUUACAUAAAAGACAGGAUUUAUUUCGGCGGGAUCGAUUACUACAGGAAGACCGGCACCGAUCAGUUUCUCGGGUCCUAUUUGACGAACAAUGUUUUCAAGAAGAAUCCCGAGGAUCUCGCGGAGACGUACCUGUCCAAGAGCCCCGAGGAUUUUUUUAAAAAAAUGUCCACGUCCCCGGAGGAGGAGAACAUCUCGAGCAAGUUCGAGCUGCUGAAUUUUUUGAUGGACUCGAAGGAUCGAGCGAUCUCGAUCGAGGGGGAGGACGACGAGGACGACGAGGACGAAGAGGACACGGAGGGGGACCUGGAAGCGCUGUACGAACAGAAGGAGACGAGUCUGGGCGAUCUAAGCUCGAAGAGCUCGCAAAUUUCUAACGUAUCCGACAGCAGCGAGGAGUGCAAUAUUAUUUUGACCAGCUCGUUGGAGACGUCCAAGGCAAGGGUCGUAGAUAUAGAAAGAACUGAUAGCGGAGUGGGAUCGGAAAGCAGUCAAGCUAGCAGCACUCGAGGCGUGCCGAGACGUUGGAGAGCAGGAAAUGUCUCCUCGGGACCAGGAAGUCUGUUCAGUGGAAUCCCACAAGUGAUUUCCGGUGAUUCAAAGCUCUGCGAGGACUGUGAGCAACGUUUGGAUCCUUUGAUAACGGACAGCGGUGUAGUAUACGCGCCUUUCGUAUGCAGAAAGUGUUCGAAAAAGAGGGUGGAGCGGAAGGAAAUCAUCACGGAAAUCGUGGAGACCGAACAGAAGUAUGGGAGGGAUUUGCAAAUUAUCCUGGAAGAGUUCCAUAGACCUAUGUUCAGGGCUGGUCUGCUCACUUCUGAACAGCUUACAGCGAUAUUUCUAAACGUGGAAGAGCUUCUCGAACACAAUCUCGUGCUGGCUGAGAAAUUGAAGGAUGCUGUGGAAUUUGCUCAGGAAUCCGGUGACGAGGAUCUUUUAACGGUAGACGUGGGGAAGAUUUUUCUGGAGUCUGAACGGAUGCUUCACGCGUUUGAAAGCUACUGCACCCGCCAGGGAGGCGCGAGUUUGCUAUUGCAGAACUUGGAAAAGGAAAAGGAGCUUCUGCGGAUCUUUUUGAAAGUCUCGCAAAUGGAGAACACGGUCUUGCGCAGGAUGAACUUGAAUUCCUUUCUGAUGGUUCCUGUUCAAAGAGUGACAAAAUAUCCUCUUCUGUUGGCACGAUUGCUGAAAGCCACGCCGUCCGUACGACCAGACAUUCAAGAAACCAAGGAAAGACUGAAACAGGCCCAAGCGAACAUCGAGUUGCACUUAGAGCACAUGAAUGCUGAAGCAAAGGACGUAACUUCGACGAAGCUUUGGAGAAGAAUUUCCAUCAUUCAGAAUGGCAGACGGCCAAUCGGGGAGCAAGACAUGGUGAACAUAAAAUUAAGAAAGAUGGCCGUGGAGGUGUUGGAAUGGGCUCACGAGGAGGCGAAAUUUGUUCUGGAAGGGCGUCUUUUGGUUGCUCAGCCGACCGAUAACAAUUGGAGACGCGGACGAACUGUAAAACUCGCUCCUGUUACUGCCAUGUUGGUUACCAAUGGCAAACCAAGCGCGGAGGAUCUCGAGUUCAACGACGAUUUUCUUUUCCCAAGGUACAUAGGCAUCAAAGAGGCUACCCUCUUAUUGGUGAAAGAAAAGUUCGGACGGUACUCUUUGCUGCGCGAACCAUUGUAUCUUGAUAAAUGUAUAGUAUGCUGUGAAACAGAUCUUGAAGAUUAUUUCGAAGUUCAAGAACUGUAUUCCAAGGAGACUUUUAUAUUUAAGGCUGAGGACGGAGCCAGAACAAAAAGAUGGUGUAGGACGUUGCAAGCUCAUGCGCAAUCUCUUGGCGCAUGGCGAAAACGACGAGGGGCAUUGCCGAAUAUCAUGAUAUGCGGCGUUGCAAGGAAUUGAUAAUGAAUUUUACAUAAUUAGAUCCCCUUUUUAAUUAGACUCUACAUUUACAGCCGUUAUUUAAAGGUCAUUUCGAUUCCUGAAUCGCAAAUGACAAUUUUAUGAUCUCCCGACGAAUUAGUAAUGAUUUGUCGAGGAGAAUGUGUUGGACCAAAGGAUUUCCUCUGCUCAUUGAUUUUAUCGUAUCAAUGAGUGUUACGAAUGUCAAGUUCUCACCGUACGCAGAGUACUUUGCGUCCGGUUGCAGUACGUUGAAGAAACUAAAAAAAAGUUUCCCACGUUGCUGUUUUUAACAUGCCACGUAGCGUUGAAUCGCAGUAAACUGUUCUCUCUAUCUUCACUUCUGAUUUACGAUAACAUGAGUACACGGGAUGAAUAAUUGCCCGCGUGUAACAAAAUCAAAUUAAGAAUUUCGUUAAAACCGAAAGAGCAGAGAGUAGCUGUGAUACUGACCGGUAUACUGGGUACUUUUUCAGAAUUAUAUCAAAUACCGCGGUACGAGACGUAGAAUUAGCUUCUCUUCCUAUGUAUUUAUCGAGUGACAUUCCAACUUUUACGAGAACGUCGAUAAACGUGUACAUAAUAUUUAAAAAAACGGGGUAAUAGGGUUGGCACAUUUUGUACCUAUGAUUUACGAGCCAGGAAACUGCCAAACGUUUCGUUAAAACGGCCUUAAUUAUGAUAAAUUAAUUAAUCUAUUAUAGACCAUAACUAUUCCUUGAAUAAUAAUUAACAGUAUUUUAUUACAUCUAACACAUAGAAUAGGAAUUGUACAUUGUACUAUAAUUUUAUUUAAAAUCUAAGCCAUAUGUUUGUAUAUAGAUGUAUAUUUAUACCCGAGAUUAAUAUU